GUCUCUGUAUUUUCAGCAUCAAGAUAAUCAACUUCCCUGAUUGAAUUUGCUUUGGACAGCAGAUCUGAUAUGCCACUGUAAAGCAGAUCUGAUAUGCCACUGGAAUUAAUAAAAGAAGUCAAUGGGGUGCCUGAAAAUGAGCCACUAAAUAAACUACACAAAGUAGAUUUCAGAGGCCUACAGCUAGGUUGUGAUUAUAGCAAGAAAUAUGUCCAGGGAAAACUUUCACAUAUCUCUCCUUUAACCUAUGGUGGAAACAGAACACCUAUUUUGAAGAUUGGACUAGAAGAACAAGAAAAUUCAGAUUCGGAGAGUAACGCCAUCAAUGUGUUAUUUUUUGGAAAAUUAGCAAAGGACUGUGCAAAAGUUUUCUCUGAAGGGGACACCAUUGCAGUGGCUGGUUUUAUUGUUUUGUCUUCACCUACGACAAGCAAAGAUGGUGAACAUUGCUUAUUUUUGAAAGCACUUGAGGACUUCAAGUCAACUGUUUAUGUUUAUGUUAAAUCUAUAAUAGAUUUUUCUACAGAGUCAAUGUCUUUGGUUCCAGCAACACGUUAUACGUACACACCGCUGAAUGAACUCAAAGGUGGCAUGAUUGUCAAUGUCUAUGGCGUUGUGAAGUUCUUUAAGCCUCCAUAUCUAAGCAAAGGAACUGAUUAUUGUUCGGUUGUUACAAUUGUGGACCAGACAAAUGUAAAGUUAACCUGCCUACUCUUUAGUGGAAAUUAUGAAAGCCUUCCAAUAAUUUAUAAAAAUGGAGAUAUCGUUCGCUUUCACAGGCUGAAGAUCCAAGUAUAUAAAAAUGAGACCCAAGGUAUCACCAGCUCUGGCUUUGCGUCUUUGACAUUUGAGGGAACUUUGGGAGCUCCUGUUAUACCUCGUACUUCGAGCAAGUAUUUUAACUUCACAACUGAGGACCACAAAAUGGUAGAAACCUUACGUGCGUGGGCAUCUACUCAUAUUUCACCUUCUUCAACGUUAGUAAAAUUGUGUGAUGUUCAGUCGAUGCAGUAUUUUGACCUGACUUGUCAGCUCUUGGGCAAAGCUGAAGUGGACGGAGCAUCGUUUCUUCUAAAGGUAUGGGACGGCACCAGGACCCCCUUUCCGUCCUGGAGAGUCUGCGUACAAGACCUUGUUUUUCAUGGUGAUUUAAGUCACAUCCGGCGGCUGCAGAACCUGGCAGUAGACAUUUUAGUCUAUGAUAACCAUGUUCAAGUGGCAAAAUCUCUGAAGGUUGGAAGCUUUCUUAGAAUUUAUAGCCUUCAUACCAAACUUCAAUCAGUGAAUUCGGAGAACCAGGCUACAUUGUUAGCUCUAGAGUUUCAUCUCCAUGGAGGUACCAGUUAUGGUCGGGGAAUCAGAGUCUUGCCAGAAAGCAACUCUGAUGUGGAUCAACUGAAAAAGGCUUUAGAAUGUGCAAGUUUGACAGCCAAUCAGUGUUCAGAUGGUGUAUGUCAAUCGGAAUGUGAGGACAGCUUUCCAACAAGCUCUGGAUCAGUAUCAUUGUAUGAGGUAGAAAGAUGUCAACAACUAUCAGCUACAAUACUUACAGAUCAUCAAUAUUUGGAGAACACCCCACUAUGUGCUAUUUUGAAACAAAAAGCUCCCCAACGAUAUCGUAUCCGAGCAAAAUUGAGAUCAUAUAAGCCCAGAAAACUCUUUCAGUCUAUUAAACUUUAUUGUCCUAACUGUCAGUCAAUGCAGGAAGUUCUGCACGAAGGUGAUUUGGAUCGAAUUUUGCAAGAGAACGCAACUAAAACUCCCAAUACUAAACUACAAAAUACUUCAUUAUAUGAUUCGAAAGUCUGGUCCACUAAAGAUCAGGGAGAACGACAAGUAGCUGUUCAUUUUGUGAAAAAUAAUGGUAUUCUCCCACUUUCAAAUGACUGUCUAAUUUUGAUAGAAGGAGGUACACUUAGUGAAAUCUACAAACUGGCAGACAAGUUUCAUAGUGUAAUCCCUGUGAAAUCUGGCCAUGAAGACCUGGAACUGCUUGACCUUUCAGUACCAUUCCUUAUCCAAGGAAAAAUACAUCACUACGGAUGUAAAAAGUGUUCUAGUUUGAGACCAAUACAAAAUCUAAAUAAUCUGGAUGAUAAAACAUCAUGGAUUCCUUCUUCUGUGGCAGAAGUAUUGGGUAUUGUACCCCUUCAACAUGUGUUUGUGAUGACAUUCACUCUUGAUGAUGGAACAGGAGUAUUGGAAGCUUACCUCAUGGAUUCUGACAAAUUCUUCCAUAUUCCAGCAUCAGAAAUCCUAACCAAUGAUUACCUUCAGGAAAGUAUGGAUAUGAUCAUGAAUAUGCUUUGCCCUCCAGGAAAAAAAAUUGAUACUUAUCCGUGGUUGGAAUGCUUCAUCAAAUCGUAUAAUGUCACAAGUGGAACGGAGCAGCAAAUUUGCUAUCAGAUUUUUGACACCACAGUUGCAGAUGAUGUUAUCUAAUAUUGACAUUCAACUUAGCAUAUGUAAAAUAUUGUAAUUUUAAAAACAUUAUUAUUUUCUAUGAGAUUGCUAUCAACAUGUAAAAGCUUUAGCUCAGUAGUUUAUUUUCCAUUGUAACCACUAUUUCAUUAAAAAAAAUAGACAUUGUUUAUCUUAACACCUUGUUGUAAGUUGAAAAUGUUCCUGUUACUCAGAAAUAUCCAGUAUGAUGGCUGCUAGGGUUAUAAAAGAAAGAGAGACAAUGAAUAAAUUAAGACUUUCGCUUA